GUAAAACAAGUCGACCGUAUAAAGCCAGUCAUGCUUUGCUCUCAAAUUCUUUAUUCAUGGCACCUAAACUGGGUUAUUGGAAAAUAAGAGGCCUAUUUCAACCAACUCGGCUUUUUUUGGAAUACCUUGGCGAAACAUAUGAAGAGCGUACAUAUGAUCGCAGUGAUAUAGAUGCAUGGAAGGACGACAAAUUCAAAUUAGGCCUGGAGUUUCCUAAUCUUCCUUAUUAUAUUGAUGAUGAUGUCAAAUUAACGCAGUCGAUGUCUAUCAUACGUUAUAUAGCUGACAGACAUAGCAUGUUGGGCAAUUGUCCAACAGAACGUGCAGAACUGUCAAUGCUUGAAGGAGCGAUUUCGGAUAUUAGAUUGGCUGUUACAAGAAUUGCAUACAAUAAGGAAUACGAAACUCUCAAAGUUGGUUUCCUCAAAGAACUUCCAGGAAAGCUAAAGUCGUUUGAAGACCGUUUAUCUAGCCGAAUGUUUUUGAAUGGUAGCUGUGUAACUCAUCCUGACUUUAUGCUAUAUGAUACUCUUGAUGUGCUUUUAUACAUGGACCCGAAGUGCUUGGAUGAGUUUCCAAAAUUAAUCUGUUUCAAACAACGUAUUGAAGAUUUGCCGCAAAUCAAGGAAUACUUCAGUUCUGCCAGGUUCAUAAAAUGGCCUCUACAUGGUUGGGAUGCCACGUUUGGUGGAGGAGAUACUCCUCCAGAAUGAACAACAUUUAACGCUUGUCAUAUUUAUUGAAUAAAAACAUAAUAAAACCUUA